UCAAUACUGUAAUUGACUUUGUACUUGAGCAUUGUUCUCUAAUUAUUUGUAAGUAACUAGUUAAAUUAAGUAUUUUAGGUUAACAACUAUGUUGUGCUUGACAUGAAGUCAUGUGUUACUGUAAACUGCCUGUAAACUGUAAACCACAAGGGUGGAGACUUUCGUGAUGACUUAGCUGAUAAGCAAGCAUAUCUAUAGAGAGAGAGUCAUGUGCUUUGAGGACUUUUUCUUUAUGUAUUUUAGUUUUAUGUUAAAAAAAAAAAUCUAAAAUGUAUAUAAAAUACAAAUUUUUACUGUGAUUGUGUACAUACCUUACCUAUACUGUCUUUGGUAUGUCUUUGAGGUGCUACAUACUCUGCAUGAAACUACAUGCCCCCCUAACCCCAAAGAAACUAAUUAGGUCUGUGACUGAAUGGGAGUCAAUAUAGAAUGGCAGUAGAUUUGUGUCAUUACUGGCAUCCAGUGGGGAAUUGUUGCCAUGUUUAUUUGGCCUACAGGCCUCUUCCAGGAAAGCCUUGUCAGCUUCAGUACCUGGCAACAGUCUUAUGACUCAAUCAGGUGUGGCACUGGUGGUGUAAAGACUGAAUGCACCACUCCUGAAGAUCAUUAUUUUCAUUAAACCACAUCCUAUUGAAGUGAUGUUUCUAUUAAUUUUUUUAUUUAAUGUAACUAUUUAAUGUGUAAUGACCUUAGUUGAACCCCUGCACCUCCCAACAGCCACAUGCUCCAGCACAUCAGCACGUACCCACUCAUUAUCGCUUAAUGACAGAAGGAAGUUUAAUCAGGCACAUGUUCACACAUCAUUGGAGAACCAUUAUAUUAAUCACUACAUUUACUAAGGAUAAAAUAUAUGCAUGACAUGCUUGAAAAGGAUGCAGAGGACCUGUAGGAUUUUCUCUCAUCAAAUGGGAAUACAUAUUCACAUUUGUGUCAAAGUGAUGGUAGAAUCUUGACGCAAUCUUUUUUUAGAACAUAUCUUUGACAGCCAAAGCAUCCCACUGCUCCCUCCUAUCUGAGAAUGAAGACUUGUGGGAAAAUGGCAGGGAAAUUCUCACUCCUCCUUACUUGACAUUAAUGGCUGACACAGACUGUUAAUGCCGCCAGCAUAGCAAGCACUACCAUGGUUACCUGUGUGGAAACCAAGUCAUUAGGGACUUUAACUCCUCCCAUCCCUCAUCCCUCUCUCUCUCUCUCUCAAGCAUCAUAAACAUGUUUACUAAUACUAAUACUGCAAAAGAAUGAAUGUAACGACAACUUAUUUAUUCUACAAAAAUAAAAACAAGGCCUGGUAGUCCUUUGUGAAAAUCAUGUGAACCGAAUGUUUUUCUCUCUGUCAUAUACAGAUUGUCAUGAUGCCAUACAUGCAAGUAAUCAAAUUGUUUGAAUAUUCCAAUAUACUUGCAUGUAAUGUCAGUGCACUGACAAUGUAACUCCAAAUAAUCAUAUUCAUCUAAUACUCACCCGCUGGCUGCCAUGAUUUUGUGUUCCAUCAGGGACUGAUGGUGCAGCGAGGGGAGGAGAAAGACAGAGCCACAGAGGAAUUGGUCUCUGAAUCCACCCUGAACAGUGAGUUAGUAUCAUCUCAAAGAGAAACAUGCACGUCCAAUGUGGUCGUUAAAUAUAGGGUUGAUAUUCUGAUCUGUGAAAAAUGAGUUGGAUGCUCUCCAUCUGGGUGGCUGCGGCUCUGCUGGCUCUCUGUAGGGGACAAAACACUGUGUACGAAGGAAAUGGUCCGUCUUUAUCCGGCUACCAUCUAUGUAUUCACAAUGAGACGAGGAUGGUGAGUUUCCUGGCGAUGCAUAAGGUCCCCUACACUGCGACAAAGCCUUGUGGCGGCUGGCUUCUCUGGAAGACAUGUACAGUCACACUUUACCGGAUGAUCUAUCAGACUGAGUACAAGACGGCGAUGGAGCAAGUUACCAAGUGCUGCGAUGGCUACGUACAAGUCGGUCGUUACUGUGCCCUGUCUGUAAACAGGAGUGGGGAGUUCAUUGCCAAACCAGGCUCCUGUCCAACUGCAGAUGGACUGUAUCCCGGAUCUGAAGACUGUGAGUGGGACAUGGACUGCCCAGGCUGGCAAAAAUGCUGCCAGAGAUUGGGUCGCUGUUUCUGCAGUCAUCCUGCAAACUCAACUAAUUACUCUGAGAAAGGAGGAUCCCGUUUGAACGCAACAGUGACAGUGAAGACAGAUUACCAGCAGCUGAAGUCGAAGGAUAAAGGACUUCUGAAUCACACACGAUUACUACAAGCAAUGGUGACAGGAGCUUUGCAGUCUGAUGAAGUUUCAGUGUAUUACCUCAGCUCGUGGCCUGUGCAUCCAUACAGAACUGCUACCUCACUGCUGAUCGACUGCAACGUUACUCUGUCACUGUACAAUGUCACAUCAAAGCUGCAUCUUCUUCUCAAAAACAUAGAGGAGGUGUCAUCUGUAACUGUGGAAGAUGUAGAUGAGUGUGAGGAGUCUGCUCUCUAUCAGUGCUCCCCUCAUGCAGACUGUGACAACACGGUGGGCUCCUAUCAGUGUACCUGCCGCCAAGGAUAUAUUGAUGUUGAUCCUAGCAACCCUGGAGCCCAUUGUACAGCUGACGUCAGGUUGCGGACCACAGCAGAGACCCCCGUGACCUACCUGCCACCCAUGAACACAACUUACACCCCAACUUCCAACACCACACAGGACCCUGCAGACAUCAGCACCACGGGUGUCUUCAACUCCUCUGAGAUCAGCAUGACCACAGCUCUGAGCAACACCAGCUCUGUCCCUUAUAAUUCAUCACAUGCUCCGCUGUGGACAACGUCUGCUCCAUCUACCAGCAUGAGCUCAACUGUGGAGUUACUGCCGACAACCACAUGCUCUCCUCCCAGCAUCACCACCUUAACGUCAUCUAACAUCACCGGAACCUCCUUCUGUGUGUACUGGUCCAGCCAGUUUCAGUCAAACCAGACCUAUCAGGUUGCUAUAAGCAAGGGGUCAGAGGACAUUCAGUUUUGGGAAACCAGUCAGACCAUGAUGGAGGUGAGGGGACUGCAGCCUGGGGUGCUGUACAAUGUCACUGUCACGCCUUGUGCCUGCGGAAACCAAGGAGUCCCCCUGCGUAUAUCAGUCAGGACCGAUGCUCAGACUCUUGACGUCACAGCUCGACUUACCAACAUCCCUUUCACUGCUGACCUGCAGAACACCAGCAGUCAGGCCUACCAAAACCUCAGUGCGAGUAUUAUAGAGGAGAUCUACCAGUCUCUGUCUCCAGAGAUGAAGGCCAUGGUGGAUUCAGGCCAGGUGAGAAUCGAGAUCAGAGGCUUUUCACUGGGCAGUGUGGUGGUCAACUUCACCCUCAUCUUCACCCCCAGUCAAAGCCAAGAUGUUAGUGAUGUGUCCACGGCUCUGCUGAACUCCCUGAUGAACAGCUCCAAAUACAGUGUGGAUAGAAACAACACAAGCAUACAUGAUUCUGAUGAAUGUUUGUCAGGGGAAAAUGACUGUUCCCAUUGGGCCACAUGUACAAACACUUGGAGCUCUUACGGGUGUGUUUGCCUGGAGGGAUUUACUGACAACAACCCAGGCAGACCUGGACGAGCCUGUCAAGCAAUUUCUACCUCGGAGACAAUGGCACCAUCAGCGACACCCACAAUAUCUUCUACAGUUACCACUACCCCUUUCUCUGUCAUGUCACCCCCAAACAAUGAUCCAGCGUUAACCACUGUAACCACUACUCCUGGGAUAAUCACAUUCACUAUAUCAAUAAAUGAAACGGUCUCGACUACCCAUCCAACAACAAUGACUACUGCCCCAACAACCACUACUACUGCCCCAACAACCACUACUACUGCCCCAACAACCACUACUACUCCCGCAACAACCAUUACUACUGCCCCAACAACCAUUAUUACUGCCCCAACAACCACCACUACUGCCCUAACAACCACCACUUCUGCCUCAACAACCACCACUACUGCCCCAACAACCACCUCUUCUGCCCCAACAACCACCACUACUGCCCCAACAACCACCUCUUCUGCCCCAACAACCACCACUACUGCCUCAACAACCACCACUUCUGCCCCAACAACCACCACUACUGCCCCAACAACCACCACUACUGCCCCAACAACCACCACUACUGCCCCAACAACCACCACUACUGCCCCAACAACCACCACUUCUGCCCCAACAACCACCACAACUGACCCCACAAUCAACACUACUGCCCCUACAGCAACCACUACUGCAAUGACAUACAUGACUUCUACCCCUACAACCGUUACCAACCCGACAACCACCGUUACCAACCUGACAACCACCUUUACCACUGCUACAUCUGCCAUGAGAACUUCCACCAGUGUCUCUAUGUUAAAGGGCAUCUCAGUCCAGUGCAGGGUUGCUGCCAUCACUGUGACGGUUGCCAAGGAUUUUCUUCUGAACAACACAAUCAGGGAAAGCGCCCUGUACUUGGGCUUGCAGGAAUGUGGCGUCAAUGGAGGCAAUGACACCCAUGUCCAGCUGACCGUGGGCUGGGACGAUUGUGAUACCAGGCUUGUACAUAAUGAAACCUACUACACGGCAUCUGUAACCCUGUUCAACACCAUGGAUCCAUCCAUCUCACCCAGUGGAACAGUGGAGGUGCCCAAAAAACAGCUGGAGGUUCCCAUCAUGUGUACCUACAUGAAGAGCAUGCUUAUCUCCGCUGACUUUGGCUCCAUGGGGUAUAACAUGAUCAAAGAUGUUAUCACGGGCUUGGGGUCAUUCCAGGUGACGGUGCAGCUGAUGAACGGUACAGUGCCUCUACCCCACAACUACAGCAUGUCCCCUGACGACGUGGUGGUGGUGGAGGUCAGCCUGAACACCUCCUCAGAGCAGAUUAAAGUCAUCAUCAACAAGUGCUGGGCUACACCAACCCCAACUCCUGCAGACACCUACAGCUACACCUUCCUGGAGAACAGCUGUCCGCUGAACAUGUACACCAAAGUGUUGAUGAACGGAAACUCCAGCACGUCCCGCGUGUCUGUGCAGAUAUUCUCCUUCGUCAACCUGAAUGUGAUCUACCUGCACUGCCAGGUCCACAUCUGUGUGCAGAUUGGAUCAGAUACCUGUGUGCCUGACUGUUUUCAAAGAACAGCUCGAUCUUCAAACACGAUUGGUACAGCCUUUGGUUCCUCUGGACCUCUGCUCAGAUCAGCUCUAACAUUCUUGGAGGAGGAAUACAACACCCUUCAUAUAGUUGGCUUCUCCUGUCUUGGAGUCGGUCUGACGCUCAUCUUCAUUAUCGGUUUUGUGUGCCUUUUCUACUGCCAAAGGAAUCGCAUUGGACACUACAACUUCAGCGUCAAACCCAAGGAGGAGAACUUCACCUACCUUGUCUUCAACACCUAGGGGUGCAGCAGCACCCCCCAACCAAAGUCACAGGAUUGGAAAAUUGCAACAGCAGAUAAAUUCAGCAGGCUUUUACCGUGCAGUUGCCACUGGGUGUCACUGUUGCAUCAUUCACGCAUUAGUUCGCACCAAAUAUUGCAAGUCUUUGCACAUGAAACAAUGAAGUACAGAUAUUUACAUUUCACCUGCCCAUCAAUAUGUAUUUAAAAUAUUAAAAUGAUAGAGUUGUUGCAUGUUUGUCAAAUAUAGAUACUACAAAUAUUUUAGAAAUAUUUAUUAUUUUAUUAAAUAACAUACCAUCAAUACUAUGAUUUGUUACACAUCUUAAAAGUCAGAUGUUCUCAUCUAUAUUUUGGCUUUAGAUGUGAACAAAACAUUUCACAAUAAGAAACAAGAGAUGUGGUAACGGAGAGGAAAGUUUGAAAUUGAAAUAAUGUGCUCAGAGAACAUUUUACUUAAGCUGUAAUGUUAACUUGUAAUUGCACUGUAAUAGUUUGUAUAAAUGAUCAUGUUCAUGUCGUGCACUAUUUGUUACACAUCUGAAAUAUUCAUGCUAUUCUUACUUGUACAAACUCUUAAUAUGUGCUCCAUGUGCUGACAAUAAACAUGUUGUGUAUGAACACUGACA